AUGAGCUGCAGCAGCGUUGCAGGAUCAGAGUUCUCCGAGGAGGAGCUGGAUCUCGGAGUACUGGACCAAGGAGAUGACGACGACGAAUGUCCUAAAGCCUCUUUCCAAGACAGCGAGAGCUCCACCAGCAGCCCGAGCGAUCCAGAGGAAGGCCAGACCAAGAAACGCAACCGCCCCGUCCGCUCAAAAGCACGAAGAAUGGCUGCCAACAUCCGAGAGCGAAAACGCAUCCUGGACUACAACCAGGCCUUCAAUGCCCUGCGAGUCGCCCUGAACCACGACCUCAGCGGGAAACGUCUCUCCAAGAUCGCCACCCUGCAGAGAGCCAUCAACAGGAUCUCUGCUCUCUCCGUGUUCCUGAGCUCAAACCCUCCAAACAAGCCCUGCAGCCACCGGGAGUGCAACAGGUCCGGUCCGGGUGCGAUCGCCGCGUCCAGACUGGAGCAGAGCCGGGUGACGGUUCCUCAUCUGGAGCAUCAGAGCUACAUCCCCUGGCAUGCAUCCAUCUCGCACCAGAUGCAGCCGCAACAAGGAGGCCACAUGCACCGACUCCCUGCAGACACGCACCUCUACAUGGACAACAGCGUUUCCUCCUGUCCUCCGUCCCCUCACUACCCGUGCUACCCCACUGAAGGACAGAUUUACACCUCACACGGACACUGCAGCAGCCCUAGCAAUCACCCGCCCAGCCCGAUCAGGUACCCACAGAUGGGUGAAGGGUUGGGGUACCAGCCGGGGAUGUGGGCGUCCUGCACUCAGAGGUACAUGGACUCGUUCAUGGAGCCAUCUCCAGCUCUGGGGCUGCCGUGGCAGGUCAGCUAUCUGCAGGAACCCGAGCACAACCUCCAACUGUGUGCAGACGUACUGUGA